AUGACACCACGAAAGCCUCGUCAGCGUCAAAACCAUCCGGGCCCUUCUCAGUUAAGUCAAGUUCAAGUCUCCGACUAUGAUACCGAAACUCCAGUACCAGGUCCCGCACCUCCUAGUCGUACGAACGAAGAACUCAAUCUAUCAGUCCUUAGACGAUAUCACCCCUCAAUUCAGAAGAUCAAGUCACUUGCUGCAUCGGCUACUAUGUACAUGUUCUCUCUGGAAUCAAAAACAUGGGAGAAACUUCCUAUAGAAGGUACAUUAUUUGUGUGCGAGCUUUCACCCUCACCAACAACUGGCGCCGAAGAUUACUGUAUCGUGGUGCUCAAUCGCAAGGGUCUCAACAAUGUAAUAUAUAAUCUCAGUGAGAUGAACAACGUAGAGAUCACCGGCGAGUAUCUAUAUUGGACGGUUGAAAAGUCCGAGACGGUCGGAGGUACUCCGGUAGCGAAGGCUUUUGGCAUCUUUAUUCAUGAUGAUGAGACGAGUACAAGAGUCGUGAAUCAAACAGAAAUUCUCAACAAUUGGAAGAAGACGCAAGCCACGAUGAAUGAUGUGCAAGCUUUGGAGAACAAGGUGGAGAACUACGGGGAUAGAGGAUUCGAGGGAACUCACGAAGCGGAGACUGUGACUGAAGCACAAGGAGGGAGGAGAUUGAGUAUAACAGAUUUAUUUGGUGGCCGUUGA